AUGACUGGUGUCGGAGGCGAUUCAUCAUUUUUUUUCUCCUUCGCUGAAAGAAAAAAUGAAAAUCUCAUACAGGGCCAAUGGGGCUUUAAAAGAUUAAAUCGCCGGGUUUUUUUUUCCAGCGCUGUAAUUUUUAACGCUGUUUUUGAAGUGAAAACUUCUUAUGGCGCGUUGGGCACUUUUAUAUUCCAUUUGAAUGGUGUUGCUGCUAUGCAUUUUACGGCGCAAACCUUCGUAGCUGUGUCCGAAUACCUCUGGUCUCCCUGUUUUGUGAAGUUAACUAGUGCUCAUCAAUCAGCCGAGAUGGAAAAUCGAGAGGAAAUAACUCAACGAAUUCAAUUCAUCACGAAGCGGAUGAAAAUAUGGAUUGCUGAAAACACAAAAAUGCAGAAGUUCCUAUCAAUUUAUGAAAAUGCAAUUCUCGAACCUCAGAAGAUUGAUGCUCAAAUCAAGAAAUAUCAAGAUAUGAUACGAAAUCAUGAAGAAAUGUUAGAAGAAUUGAGCACUUUGGAUCCCGUAUUCGAGCAACACUCAAUCGACGAAGUUUACAGCAUUCAGAACAAUUAUUUAGACAACAUCGCUCAAUAUGAAAAAUUCAAAGCUGUCACUAGAGGAGAAGUGAUGGGAAAUUAUGGGGCACCUUCCAUCGUCUCUAGUGUGAGUGCAAGUGGCCGCAGAAAAUUAAAACUACCUGUGUCAUCACUCCCAACCUUUCAUGGUGAUUAUGAAGAAUAUCUGUCGUUCAAAGGAGAAUUCAAGUCCAUGAUCGACGACAGAGAUGACUUAACUAUAGUGGACAAAUUCACAUAUUUUCGUGAUGCACUGAAAGGGCCAGCCUUCGAUAAAAUCCGCAUGCUGCCAAUCAAUGAUGAAAAUUACGCGCGAGCAUGGAGACUAAUCGAAGAGACGUAUUCCAAUAAACGGUUGAUCAUCUCCAGGCAUAUAAGAUUGUUACUUCAAUCGCCCAAACAAGACCAGGAAACUUCGCAGGGACUCCUCAAACUGGUAGAUGAUACACGUCAGCACAUCGAGAUGCUGAAAGCCAUGGAAGUGAAUCCCUCGGAAGAGAUGAUCGUGAUUGUACUUGAGGAUGCAUUACAUCGAUUAACAGCAGAUGAUUGGGACAAGACUUUGGAGAAGAAUUCCUUCCCAAAACUCGACAACUUAUUGGAAUUCAUGUCUCACAGGGCAACGAGACUAGCAAGCCGAGAAAUUAAUCAAUCUUUAGCAACUACAUCAACCAGCAGCCAUCAACCAGGAGAUCGAAGAGCUCCCAAGAGGACAUAUGCACGAGCAUUUGUAACCAAUAUAGAGAGAGGAGAAAGAGAUUGUCCAGUAUGCAACAAGGAGUUGCAUCCUCUAUUCAAAUGCGAAGAAUUUAAACUACGUCCAGUGUCGCAACGAUUUCAAAUUGCCAAGGAUAAGGGUUAUUGUUACAACUGUUUGAGGAGCAAUCAUCGAAGCAGUGAUUGCUAUUCCACAUCCAGUUGUCGUGUGUGUUCUGACAAGCACAACACCCUUCUUCAUGCGGCCUUUAAUAGUAAAAAAAAUGAAAACCUUGAUAACAAAACCAAAGUCACCAGCGAUGAAUCGCAAGUCACCUUAGUUAAUAAUCCACCAACUGAUCAAAUCAUUCUUAGUGCUAUGGUGAAUUUAAUGGACAAAAAUAAUCAACCAGUCACCUGCAGAGUUUUACUAGACACCGCAUCAACUGCCAAUUUUAUAACCGAAAGGUUAGUACGAAAACUUGGCAUAGCCACCGAAAAAUACUCAGUUCCAGUUGGUGCUCUCAAUGGACUUUCUACCAACACUAAUCAUCUCGUUACCGUAAAGCUACAAGCAACAAAUCGAAGAUAUGAAAAGGAGUUCCGGUGUUUGAGUAUACCAGAAAUCUGUGGGCUCAUUCCGACAGAAACUAUCCCGAGAGAGAUGUUCAGCAUACCAGCUCACGUCAAACUCGCUGAUCCAGAAUUUUAUAAACCAAGGCCUGUGGAUAUGUUAUUGGGUUCAGGACCGAGUCUAUCGCUUUUCACCAGUGGACAAUACCAUCUCUCUAACAAUGGUGAGCCCAACAUCAUAUUGCAGAGAACUCGACUGGGCUGGGUGGUUGGUGGCAGUGCUUCAAACAACUCCAACAAGAAACAGGUAUUUGUCACAAACCUCACAUUUGAUCUUACUAAAUUUUGGGAAAUUGAACACGGGCCGGAAAAUAAGCCAUGGUCACCUGAAGAAAAAUUAGCCGAAGAAUUUUUUAAAAAACAUUACACCAGAGAUUCCAAUGGAAGGGCAGUCGUCGCGCUCCCGUUCAAAGCUGAUUCACCUCAUCUUGGCGAAUCCAAAGAAUUAGCACUCCGACGUUUCAGAUCUCUAGAAUGUAGAUUAGAUAAAAACCCAGCUCUGAGAGAGCAAUAUCGAGCAGUAAUGAAAGAGUACCUAACGCUUAACCACAUGUCCAAGGCAUCAGACAUCGAAAUUCCAGGUUACUAUCUUCCUCAUCAUGCUGUACUCAAAGAAAGCAGUUCCACAACCAAAGAUAGAGUCGUUUUUGAUGGAUCAGCAAAGACGUCUACAGGGGUGUCCCUCAAUGAAUCGUUAUUAGUUGGACCUACGAUUCAAGAUGACAUUUUUUCUUUGAUAGUCAGGUUCAGAGCACACCAAUAUGCUCUGACUGGAGACAUUGAAAAAAUGUAUAGACAGUUUCUCAUAUGUCCUGAAGAUCGACGAUUUCAACGAGUUCUAUGGAGAGAUGAAAAGGAUCAAAUAGCGACAUAUGAACUCAACACCGUAACUUUCGGAUUGUCAGCAGCACCAUUCUUGGCCAUCAGAUGUCUACAACAAUUGGCACAAGACGAAGCAACACACUAUCCAAUUGCAUCACAAAUUCUACAACGGGAUAUGUACGUGGAUGAUCUUCUAACUGGGUUUGAUUCACUAGAAGAAGCUAUCGAAGCGCGAGAUCAAAUCACUCAACUAUUGCAGAAAGGAGGCCUCAAUUUGCGACAAUGGGCCUCAAAUGAAUCCAAACUCCUUGAAGGGUUGGCUGAAGAAGAAAUCAACAAAAAAUUACAACUUGACGGUGAUAAAACAUUGAAAACCUUGGGAAUUUUCUGGAAUUCCGAAAAUGACAGUAUAAAUUACACUGCUCGACAAAUUGAAAUCGCCAAAACAACGACAAAAAGAAAAAUUCUGUCAGAAAUUGCUGCGAUUUUUGAUCCUUUGGGUCUUCUAGGCCCAAUUAUUCUAAAGGCCAAAAAUAUUAUACAACAACUGUGGUCAGCAAAACUUGAUUGGGAUGAACCUAUACCUCUCUAUAUAUUGACUAUAUGGACUGACUUCUGUAACCAGUUGUCAUUGAUCAAUGAUUUGAAAUUUGAAAGAAAAAUUCUUAUAAAAAACUCAACCAGAAAUGAAAUCCACGGAUUUUGUGAUGCUAGUGAAACUGGUUUUGGAGCUUGCAUUUAUCUUAAAUCCAUAGAUGCAUUGGGCAAUGUAAAAAUUAAUCUAUUAUGUUCAAAAUCCCGAGUAGCUCCCUUAAAAUCUAUCAGCAUCCCACGUUUAGAACUGUGCGGUGCAUUAAUCCUAUCGAAUCUUUGCAAAUCUGUACAUUCAUCUCUCAGUAUAUCAAUUGCCAGGACAAUUCUGUGGACAGAUUCCAUGAUUGUUCUUCAUUGGAUUCAUACCCCCCCUCACACUUUAAAAACAUUCGUCCAAAAUAGAAUUUCUGAAAUUCAAUCCUUAACCCAAAAUGCUGAAUGGAAACACGUGUCAUCAGGAGAUAAUCCUGCUGAUGCCUUGUCCAGAGGACAACUGCCAAUCGAAUUUACACAAAAUGAGCUCUGGACCACUGGGCCUGUCUGGUUGACACUACCGGAAGGACAGUGGCCAGAACAACCAAUGCAAGCUCCAGUUGAUGAUCAAGAACAAAGAAAAAUUACAUGUCUGAAUUCUAUUGUUGAUUUAUCUCUAUUCGAUAAAUUUAAAUCAUUUGAUGAGUUAAUCCGAGUCUUUGUUUAUUGUUAUAGAUUUAUUACAAAAAAGCAAAAUAGACGUUGGCAAGGGUGGGUGACAUUAGCUGAAUUGAAAGAAACAGAACUCUACAUCAUCAAACUCGUUCAACAGCAGGCCCUUGGAGACGAAAUUCGAGUGCUGCAGCAACAUAGGACUGACACCAGAACUCACUCAACUCGACUAAAACAAUUGAAUCCUUUCGUCAAUGAUCAAGGAGUGCUACGCGUAGGCGGCAGAUUACAGAAUGCCAAAAUCUCCUUUGGACAACAGCAACCAAUUGUUUUACCACAAACAGGCUUCAUUACAAAAUUGAUCAUCUCCAAGUAUCAUCUCAUGCAUUGUCACUCAGGUAUCCAGAACACUCUCUAUGCCACCCGUCAAUUCUACUGGAUUUUGAAUGGAAGGAGCACCAUUCGAAAUGUGAUCAGAAAAUGCUCAAUCUGUUGUCGGGCCAAUCCUCCUCCAACCAAUUACAUCAUGGGAAAUCUGCCAGGAACUCGAGUUGCUCAAACCAUGAGGCCGUUCGUAAAUGUAGGGGUUGAUUACUGUGGACCAUUUCUGAUCAAGGAGAAGAAAUAUCGUAACAGAAGCAAAAUCAAAGUUUACGUUGCCGUAUUUAUUUGUCUUUCCGUGAAAGCUGUGCAUUUCGAACUGGUCAGUGAUCUCACCACGGCUGGGUUUCUAGCCGCCCUCGACCGAUUCAUUGCCCGUAGAGGAAAACCAGUAAUAAUAGAAUCAGACAAUGGGACAAAUUUUACUGGAGCUAACAACGAACUGAAGACCAUCAUCAGGAAAUUACAAGAACCCCAACAGGACGCUGCCAUAUCGCGGGCUCUGGCCAAACAAGGGAUUCAGUGGAAAUUUACACCUCCACUGUCUCCACACUUUGGCGGGGUCUGGGAAGCCGCAGUGAAGUCUUUCAAACAUCACUUGAUACGAGUAACCAAGAACAGUCUCUUUACGUUUGAAGAAUUGAAUACACUGAUCAUCAAAAUCGAAGGGAUUCUCAACUCACGCCCUAUUUCCUCUGUGUCGAGUGACCCAAACGACCUCCAAGCCCUUUCACCAGGACACUUUUUGAUUGGUACUCCUCUCACCAGCACCCCGGAACAUGAUCUAAGCGAUGAAAAAAUCAAUCGACUGACCAGAUGGGAAAUGAUCCAAAGGAUGAAGCAAGAUUUUUGGUCCAGAUGGAAUAAAGAAUAUCUGAAUGAGCUCAAUAUUCGAAAAAAAUGGACCACUGGAACUCAUCACAUCGUGAAAGAUUCGAUUGUCUUGCUGAAAGAAGAUAAUAUCCCGCCUAUGCAGUGGAAACUCGGACGAGCACUUACGUUACAUCCAGGAGCAGAUCACAUCGUACGAGUGGUGACCGUGAAGACAGCUAAUGGAAUCUACAAACGCAAUGUUAAAUGCCUUGCCAACGUCAACUUCUGA